UCGACUCGAGCGUCUCGUCGCCACAUGACGUAGUCAUAGUAGUAGUGGGCGAAAAGAAGGACGAGGGCGGAGCGGCGACAUGUCUCUUCUUCUGGACAACCGCUUUGGACAGCUUCCUCCUGACAACUCCGUCAACACCAAACUCUUCUUGGAGUCUGUCUCCCAUCUGCCGUCUUUCUUCGACUGCUUGGGAUCCAAAGUAUUCUCAGUGAUCAAGUCAGACAUUAAUGGCAAUAUUACGAAAAUCAAAGAAGUCUAUGUGAAGGAUCCAGAGAGGUACGUCACGCUGCAACACAUCCUGGAGGCUGAGCGACAAGACUUGGCUGCUGAGUGGCCCAAAGUGGGAGCGACGCUCGCUCUCAUGUGGCUCAAGAGGGGUCUCCGUUUCAUACAAAUCCUGUUGCAGAGUUUGGUGGAUGGAGAGCGAGACCACAACAACCCCAACCUCAUUCGGGUCAACAUCACCAAAGCCUAUGAACAAGCGCUGAAGAAAUACCACGGCUGGUUUGUACAGAAGAUUUUCAAUACAGCACUAUAUGCGGCGCCCUACAGAUCCAACUUCCUCAAGGCUCUGUCAAAAGGAGAGGAAGUGAAAGAGGAGGACUGUUUAGAGAAUGUGCGUCAGUUCUUGAUCAACUUCACUGCCACCGUGAACGCCAUCUACGACAUGUACAUGCGCCUCGACGCAGAGCUGGACUACACGGUUUGAUGUCAAGAGUCUGUAUGAGUGAACUGGAAUUAGUUUAUUUGCGUCCUUUUACAUAUUUAUUAUUUAUUUGAUUAUUGCCUUACAAUAUAAUGUGAAGCCUUACACGUGUGACAUUUUAGUGUCUUUUAAUACAACUCUUGCUGUCAUGCGUCACCAUUUAGUGCUUUUGUGUUUCAUCAUCAGAUAAUGUUGUCAAAUAAAUGCAAAUUAAAUAUAUUUACCAAUAAAAAAAGAACAAUGUGCUUCUA